AUGAAGGAUCCCAUCAGCAGCACAACCGGCACAGUUCUCUCCCCGUACCUCAUGCAGGGUUUGCAUUGUUCCAUCGGCACGGAGUCCCCAGCAUAUGGCAACGGCGAACGUUGCGGCGCUUGCUACAGAGUCAGAUCCACCAGCAAUGACGGCUGGACCGGCGACUCCGUCGUGCCUGGCACCAUGUCCGAGGCCGUUGUGACAGUUAGCACCAGCGGCAUCACUGGCGCCGGUCGAUUCGAUUGUUUCCCCGAGGCGUUCGAGGCCAUCACGGGCGCCGCAACUGGCGAAUUCGCGAUUGAGUUCGAGGAGGUGGAGUGCGAGGCCAUCCAGUCCCCCCCGUCGGUGACCAGCCUAGAGGAGGAGAACGCCCAUUUCUGCAAGCUUGUGUUCAACAACAUCGGCGGGUGGGGCACCCUGCUCUCGGUGAAGGGGUGCCUGGGAGAAGGCACGUCGAACUGCCGCGAGAUGCAGCGCCUCAGCGGGCAGGCAUGGCAGGGCUGCCCCACGGGCGCAGGCGAGGCGAUGACGUUCUUCCUGACCCAGCAGGACCCCUCGGGGCAGGGCACCGAGACGGUGGAGUGCGCCUGCCCGGGCGGCUGGCCCUGGGAGCGGGGCAGGAGCUGCACCUGCGGGGGCGCCAACUUCCGUGGCGCCACGACCACCGAGACCACCACCGCACCACCGCCACCGCCGACGCCGUGCUGGCGCCUGGCAGGGAGCCGGCCGAGGGGGGCGGGGGCAAGGGCGCCUCCCAGUUCAGCGGCGCGGGCGGCGACUCGACCACGCAGGCGGCCGCGGCGAGCUCCUCCACCGACGCCCCCGGGCCCGAGCUCUCGGGGGCCGCGGGGGGGCGCGCGACGCUGGCGGCCGCCGCCGCCGCGGCGCUCGCCGCCCUGUGAGCCUCUGCGCUCGCCGCUGGCGGUGACGGGCCGGCGGCCCGGCGGUUGCUCGGGUGUGCGUGUGUGCGAACCACGUCGGGGGGACGGGGAUCGGCCAAACGACGCUCGGAGCGGCUGUCGCUGUUUGGGCGCGUUUUUUGGGGUCGGUCCGGGCGGGAGCAGGCCGCACGGCCCCAUCCUUGGCCCGCAGACGGCCGACAAGCUUGGGCGCCUUCGGCUCGGGCGGGCGCGGGCCGCACGGCGGCGGCGGUGGCGCUCUCGGCGCGGGCCCCCCCGGGGCGGGGGCACACAAGGUGCCCCCACGUACCCCCCCCGAGGGGGCGGCCGCGCAAGCAGCGGGGCGCACAGGUCGUCCACGGCGAGUGCGCGCCGUGCUCGUGGGCCACAACGGUCUGCGAGGCUCCAGAGAUUGUGA